AUAAUAGAAAGAAAACACACGAGAAACGAGAGCAAUGUUGUAAUGGUGGAGGUUUGUUUGGGAAUCGCGAUGUAAUCCGUUUAUUCUGCACAUUUCCGAAUUGACCAUACUUCAAAACUCUCUUCAAACGUGCUAAAAAGUUCCGUUGUUCGAUUCGCGUGAUCAUUCAACCGCGUUUAAGUGAAAAACUUUUUGUGUACAGUGGUGUGUUCAAUGUCCGCGAUGUUUGCAUUUGAAAAGACGAAAAUGUGGUGAUUUUCUGUACGAAAUCGUCGCUGUUUUCAAUUAAAAACGCGUCUAUGUUAAGUGAACGGUAGUUUUUGGUGGUAAUGAUGGAGGGCCAUAUCGAACGGGAGUCAGGAGCCUUAGGCGGACUCUUCCAGCAGAUAAUACAGGACAUGAAGAAUGGAAUGCCACUUUGGGAGGAUUUAAUCGCGAAGGCGACGAAACUUCACUCUUCAUUGAAGGCGACAAUCUUGGCGGUCACAGCCUACUUGGAAGCAUUCCAGAAGAUUGCAGAUUCCGCCACCAAUGCCAGAGGAGCAACUAGAGAAAUUGGUACUGCCUUAACGAGGAUUUGUUUGAGGCAUAAAGCCGUUGAAGCAAGAAUGAAAACUUUUACCAGUACAAUUAUGGAGUUUUUAAUAAUUCCCCUGCAAGAAAAAUUAGAAGACUGGAAAAAAACUGUACUUAAUCUCGAUAAAGAACAUGCCAAAGAUUACAAAAGAGCGCGAGCCGAGUUGAAAAAACGCUCCACUGACACCUUACGUUUGCAAAAGAAGAUGCGAAAAGGUGCAGGAGGCGAUUUACAAAAGCGGCUAGAAUGCGGCCUCCAGGAUGUAACCGAGAGACGGCAAUUACUCGAAGAAACAGAAAAACACGCCGUUAGAGCGGCCUUAAUCGAGGAACGUAGCCGAUUUUGCACUUUCGUGGGGUUGUUGAAGCCGGUUGUUGAUGAAGAAGUGGCCAUGUUGACUGAAAUGUCGCACUUACAAGAAGCCGUGCAACAGUUGGAGAAACAUACAACUGAUCCUUCGACUCUUCCGCCGGCAUCCGAGCAAGUCAUUGCUGAUUUGAAGAGUUCGGACAGCGGAUGGUCGUUUCAGACACCGCCGUCUUCGCCUUCCAGUCUUGGCUCCAGGAAGUCAUCGAUGUGUUCAAUUAGCUCAUUAAACAGUUCCUCGUCGGGGAGUUCGAAGAAUCAUCACUCACCGAGUCAUCCACAUUGGCAAAGAUCGUUGUCGCAGCCUGUAGGUCGUAGCGGUACUAUCCGAUACAUGUCUGUCUCUAGCCAGGAUUCCGGAUUUACGUCACAAGAUACUUUGUAUCCCAGACCGCCGUCGUCGUUAAGUGUUGCUCAGGUCUCCAACAUGUCUGAACACAGUAGCAACAGUAGCAGUUCAAGUACUCCAUGCACUCCCUUCCCAGCAACCGUCAUUCCAGCCACAACAUCGACAUGGCCCAACUUACAAGAGACCAUGCAGUUCGAAAGAGCCGCUUCGGCCAUCAUCAACGACCGUCCUCAUACCAUUUCUUCAGCGUAUGAAAAAGGUCAUCAAAGGCCUCCUCUUACAGUGUACACAUUCCAAGCACCUGACCAGAGUCUUUCGCAACCGGUGAGUCCAGUCACUUCCAUAACGCCAACAGAGAAUAACAACAAAAUGAUACCACCGAAGAGUCCAACAACUUCCAUUAAAUCACUUCAGAGUAAGCCACCGUUGCCAACUAGAUGUUCGUCUUUGGAGCGUCCCAGUGGCCCUAACGUUCCCGCCAAGACUAUAGCGGAAAUGCAGGGCGUUCGAGUACUUCCCCCAACCACCUCCGAACAAAUGCUAGUGAAAAAGCCAUCGUCUCUUCCAGCCCACUUGACCAAGAAUGUUGUCCAGCCGACCUACGUCAACAUGCACGAGUUGGCCAGCAUGGCCGCCAAAAAGGCGCAAGAGAUGUCCCUUCCGCCGCCCCCGGCCGACUUCAUAGGUUCGCCCGCCACCGAGAAAGCGUCCACUGAAGGUGAGAAAGAUGGCAGCACUAGCGAAAGCUCGUUAGAAUCGUCUAGCGGCUACGGAAGUCAGACCACUUUUACUGCCGAAGAUCCCGCCCACGCUGAAGAUGUUAACGAAUCGGCUAUGAAGUAUUGCACGCUUCCACGCAACAGUGACUUCAAUUCUGCACGAAGAAGGCCUCUAUCCAUGACAGCUAUUUAUUCGACCGGAACGAUUCGAAGUUCAUUAGCUCGUCGAGCUUCGAUGCAAGCUAACAAGCCGCCACCGCCAAUCCGCCGCACAUCUUCCAUAACCAACACUUCCACUGCAACCCAACCUUCAGCGAUGGGAAGUCUCGAAAACCUUCCUCCACCACCGGCUUUCCUCCUCGAACCUUCCACCCAACAACAGCAACAACAAAAACAUACAGGAAUAAAAGUCGCCGAAACUGUCAAAGCCCUUACCGAACUAAAACACACCCCAGCCAGCCCCAACUCCAUCAGACGCAUGUCGGCCUCUUCCCAGUCCAUUUAUCAAAGUCACAGCACAACACCCACGAAUCAACAAGGACCGGUCUUGAGCACUUUUCAGAGCCAGACCAAAGUCUCAUACGUUUCGCAAUCUGGGGGCGUCGUCUACGCUCAACCCUCGCAAGUCUUAUGCGGUAGUCCUACGGCGACUCGCCGGGUUAACAGUUUCCGGUCGCAGAGCGCCGAACGCAGAUCAGGGCCGGUUGGAGUAAAUUCCAACUUUAUAGCGUCGUUAAGUGCGAAGUUGGCACCAAAUCUGAGUCCCCGUACCGCUCGCAGGCAUUCCGAAGAUUUGGUGCAAUCGCCACCGACCAAACUUGUCCAAAGAGGACCGGGUCAGAGCUUCCUAGAUUCGCUGAAUGCUAAAUUAGCGCAACAACAUAUCAGUAAUAGCACUCAAGCGACGCAGCACAAGGCAACUAAAAUAAGACAGAUCAUCAACAGUAAAGCUCAGCCUGACCCGAAAGUGUGUCACGAAUCGCUCAUGGAUCAAAUCAAGAGAGGGGCAACCUUGCGAAGAGCCGAAGUGAUUAACGACAGAUCGGCACCAAAGAUUUAUUAAGACAAUAUUUUCAAUAGAUGCUCCAGUAUAAUGCUUACUAAUUAAAUCCGUUAAUCGAUAUAGCGUAACUUAAGCAAUUCAUGUUAAAACAAGUUCAAUUAACUCGUAGUGCGCUGUCUUAUUAACGUCCAUUAUAUAAAUCUGACUGAAUUAUUUUUGUAUUGCAUAGUCAACAUAGUAUUAUUCUAUAGGACUGAUGUUAAGUGUUUGUAAAUCUUUUAUAUAAUAUUUAUUUAUUGUCCUUUUUUAUGUCACAAGUUUUGUUGCAGUCGUAAACUUGGAUUUGUGUUUAGAGAGUUUAACUUUUAUGUAAAUAAGUAUAAAGGGAUAAGUAAUAUAUUAAAGGUAGCGUAACUCAUGUCAGGCACAAACUAUGUGUGUUAAGGGUUAUUUUAGCAGUAAAUUUUUUUUUUGUUAUUUUUGAUUCAAAUUCUGUUCGUGAAUUUUGGAUGUGAAGUAUGAACGAUUUUUUUUUAUGUAUAUAGGAAUAUUCUUACGUCUUACACUAAAUGUAUUUUUGAGGUCCUUGCUGUCUAGAAUUCAGUAAUCAUUAACAUUUCAUAUUCAUAAUUGUAUAAGGUUCAUGUUAAGCAGUGAUAACGUUUAAAUACUGAAAAAAAAAAACAUUUUGCUUACGUUGUGUUGUGUAUGGAAUAAAUUUAAAAAAUAAAACUUAUUUUUAGUCGG